AUGUUUUUUCUGAUUGUUGACUUGGACUAUUGUUAAAAAGCCUCUUAUUGGCCAAAAAAAGGAGCUCGCCAUGAAGCUGCCUGUGAUUUGUCGCACCUGCGACUCCACGGACACCGACAACCUGCUGAAGCUGGCCACGCCCUCGAAAAAGUAUCCGGACAAGCUGCUCUCGGAUAUUCUCUGCGAGCUCACAGAUAUAAAUCUGGAUGCCAUGGGAAGCCAGAAGAUGCCGCAGUGCUUGUGUAGCUGCUGCACUAAGAAACUGCUGGGUGCCUAUUGCUAUGUAAAGCAGGCGCUGGCCGCCAACGAAUUGCUGAUGAAGCACCUGAGGAACGGAGCUGCUCCAUCGGCCACAGACUGCCUGCAGGAGGCGCCCAUGGAGCUGUGUGCCGAUCAGCAUGUGGAGGUCAAGCUGGAGACGGAAGACGAGGAGUGUGGCGACAACGAUGUCACCAUGACUUGCUCUGAACUCCCAGAGCCGGAUGAAAUGGAUGUGGAGAGCAAGAAGUCCGUGGACCCUCUGACCAUGAUUGAGACGGUGAAGCUAGAAACGGAACCAAAAAGCGUGCAAAAGCUUUCGGAAGACGAGGCCGCAUCGGACUCUGAUGAUGAGGACUCCCUGGAUAACCUGCCGCUGGGCAAGCGCAUUCAACAGUGGAAGUUGGGAAGGAAGCCAGUUUUCAAAUGCCACGAUUGUCCUAGAAGCUUUAAACGAGCCGAGUUCCUAAAACGCCAUGAAAUCUGCGUGCACAAGCAGGAUACCCGCUCGUUCGCCUGCUCACUCUGCAUUCGGAAGUUCAGCCGCAGCGAAGCUCUCGAAGCGCACUUGAAAGUCCAUCGGAUCUCCAAGCGAUCGGCCAACUUAAGCGAACAUAAGAAGGCCAAGGAGGUGGAUCUGAAUCUCUGCAAGCCGCAUGGCUAUAAGCUAAUAGAGUGUAUGAUCUGCCAGAGCCAGUACAACAAGAUUGCCGAUCUGCGGCGGCACUUGGAGGAGCACCCCGAGAUAGUCAGUCUGGGCUGUCGGCCAAAUGUGGAGCCGCACGAGAUGGCGGAGCUAUUUUAUCCCGACUCCAAGGACCUCGAUGAGGAGCAGUUGAUCAGCCUGAUUCGCAAGGAUUUGGCGGCAGGCAUCUAUCAGCGAUUCUAUUCGAUAACCAAUCAAAGUGGUUACGAAAUGGACCUGGAGAGCUCGGAGACGGACAGUGAUCUGGACGGAGAUCCCGAGGAUCAGCAAAAGAGGCGAAAAAGGGCGCGCAAGGCCAGCUACAGCUGCGAACUGUGUCAGCAGAAGUUCCCGCGAAAAUAUCAGCUCUAUGACCACCAGCGACAGAGUCACAGUUGGUCAGAGGCGCCUCAUGUCUGCGGGCGGUGUGAUGGACGUUUUGUGAGCCUGCAGCUGCUGCGGCACCACAACGAGUCGCAGUGCAGGAAUGCGCAGAAACGUUUUCUCUGCCACAAGUGCCCGCUCCGCUUCCGAUGGAAACACAACCUAAAGACACACUUCCGCGAGCACAGGAUUACAAAUCAGACCUUCGAGUGCCCGGAGUGUAAGCGCGUCUUUGACAAAAAGAAAUCCCUCACCGUUCACCUGCUCAGUGUACAUGCAGAGGAAUCGAAACUGAUCCCCUGCCAGUGGUGCAGUCGCAAGUUCUACCGACACGACUACCUGAUAAAGCACCUGAAGCGUCACGGACUCAAGGAACAGGACAUUCCACUGGCUGAAACCUUGAUAGCUGCCACCUCGCGGCCGAAUGGAGCGAAGCGCAUCACCUGCCGCAUGUGCAACCUGCAUUUCGAUCGUAUUGUGGAUCUGCGAGCCCACAUUCAGCUGGAACUGAAGCUGUCCCUGUCCCUGCACCAAAGCUACGAUUCCCUGCAUAACUACUCGAUAACAAAUGAGUCUGGCUUUGAGCUACAGCUAGAGGAUUCGGAGACCGAGGAUGAGUUGCAACCAAGUGGAGUUAAUCGACCCGUCUACAUCUGUGAGCUGUGUAGUGUGCAGUGUAAGCGGAAAUUCGAGAUGAUCCAGCAUCAGCGGACGAUGCACCGUUUUGACAAAAUGCCUCACGAGUGCGAUGACUGCAUUUUUAAGUGUGUGUGCAAGAGCAUUAUGGAUCACCACCGGCAGGGCCAGUGUUGCAGUACAGAAAAGAAGCAUCCUUGCGACAAGUGCUCCUACAAGUUCAUGUGGCCGGAGAACCUGGAACAGCACGUUCUUCUGCAGCACAGCCAAUCCUCCGCCAGCAAUAAAACGUGCAUCAACCGAACGUCUACUGCCGGUGACCUGGACAAGGAUGCCGCCGAGGAUGGGGUUCCGCUGCUCCAGUGUCCGCACUGCGAUCGCACCUACCAGAUGAAGUCGCGCCUAAACAACCACAUCCGCGAUGUGCACAUCAAUGGCGACCGCAAGCGCAAGGAGGCGAUCAAGCGCUUCCUCUGCUCCUUGUGCGGCAGGGAGACAAGAUCCGCAGCCGCUCUGGUGACCCAUAUGCGCCGUCACACUGGCGAGAAGCCGUUUAAGUGCGAUCUGUGCGAGAUGGCCUUUCCGCGGCACUCUGAGCUGGCCUCCCAUCGCCGAAUGCACACCGGCGAGAAGCCAUUCCAUUGCACGGUGUGCGGCAAGGAUUUCGCCCGCUCCGACAAGCUCAAGCGCCACAUGCUCACCCACAGCGGCCUAAAGCCACACAAGUGCACCUACUGCGAGAAGAGCUACCGCCAGGCCAAAGACCUGAAGCUCCACCUGCAGCAGCACACCGGCGAGUGCCCCUUCGUGUGCGGCACCUGCGGCGAGCGCUUCAUCCAGAGCAGCACGCUGGAGAAGCACAGGCUGAUGCGACGCCACUUCGACGAGGUGGAGGCGUGGCUGAGACGUCAGAAAUAGGGGCUCUUGCAAUAAAUAAUGUUUGGUC